CGCCUACGUCAUAAGUGUGCGUUUGGUUUAUCAGCCAGCUGACGCUCAAUGUCCUCUUGCGUGUGUUUUUCUACAGUAGCGGUUAAAUCCUUCGCUAACUAUAAUGCACAGAGCAGCACACACGGCUUUCUGUGACUGGCCUCAGUUUGUCAGACCAGCGAUGAUCCGACAGAGUUUAAAAUGCACAGGCUGCCUCCAGAACAGCGCUCGUGCCUACAGUGUUGUUCCUGCGCCGCGCGACAGCAAGGAGAAGGAGAUGAUGCACCGGAUGCUGCGCGUGGAUCACGCGGGUGAAUACGGUGCUAAUCGCAUCUACGCCGGGCAGAUGGCAGUGUUGGGCCGGUCCAGAACUGGACCACUCAUCCAGCAAAUGUGGGAUCAAGAAAAGAAACACCUAUCAAAAUUCAACGAAAUCCUUGCUGAGAACAGAGUUCGACCCACGGCUCUCCUGCCACUCUGGAACCUGGCUGGGUUUGCUUUAGGGGCGUCCACUGCUCUGCUGGGUAAAGAGGGGGCCAUGGCGUGCACAGUGGCAGUGGAGGAGAGCAUCUCUGAGCACUACAACAGCCAGAUUAGAGCGCUGAUGGAGAGUGACCCAGAGAGAUACACUGAACUGCUACAAGUGAUAAAGGAAUUUAGAGACGAUGAAAUGGACCAUCAUGACACAGGCUUGGAGCAUGACGCCGAAUCAUUACCUGGAUACUGGCUGCUAAAAAACGCCAUCCAGCUGGGCUGCAAAGCUGCGAUAUACGUUUCUCAGCGUGUCUGAAUUUUAGCUUAAACACAACAGAAUUCCUUUUUUUUUUUUUUUUUUCAUUCUCUCUGUUGGAAAUGUUUGUUUGACGUCGUCAUCAAUGAAUGAAGGACCUUGUGACGCAACACAUUGUUGUACCUUUACCAGAUGUGACAUUUGGUAUACAUACUUUAAAAAAAAAAAAAAAAAGACAUAAAUAACUGAGUUCUGACUUCA